AUGAGCUCCUUCUUUACAUGCCUCGGCCUCCGCGCCGUACCCCCCACCACCCCAAUCACAAACUACGGCCCUGCCUUCCUAGGCUUCAACUUCUUCUUCGCCUACGGCUUACUUUCCAGUCGCACGUUGAAACAGUUCUACGGAAUUGACCACCAAGAAGCGCCGCGCGAAGACCUCUCCAAAUACGGCGAGGCCGCCGUUCGUAAUGGCAAAAUCACCCGCGCGCAGCUGGACAUGCUGAAGCGCAAUGAGGCGGCGCAUGCUAACGCAGUGGAGAAUUUUACGCUAUUGGUCGCAAGCGUGCUUUCGGCAUCGCAUGCAGGUGUACCCGCGCAGACUAUUAAUGCCGCUGCCGCGUCUUAUACCCUCGCCCGCGCCGUUUACGGAGCGGUUUAUAUCCUAAUUGGGCAUCGGCACUGGAGUCAGGUUCGCGGCCUCCGUAACACACAGUUUCAAAAUCUCCGUGAUACUUUUACAAAGUCUAGUACGGUUCUAAGAGUACUGUAG